GCGGUGUUUCUAACAUAAGAAAGCAGCACCAGCAUUUGGCGACGAGAGACAGGAAGAGAAGAGAAAAAGAAAAAGAAAUCAUACCCUUUCUUUCCCUUAAUUUCUCUCCUCUUUCUCCCUCACUCGUUCGCGCUUCUUCAUCUAAAAUUUCAACUCUCAAUCAUGUCUCUUUCAGAAUCCUCCAGAAAUUCUCUCAUACCAAGCUUCCUCUACUCCUAUUCUUCUCCUCAGAAAUCCUUUGCUAACUCCACACCUUUCGUCGAUGUUCCUGCCGCGCCAUCAGCCCCUUCCUCCACCAGGCGGAGCUUCUUUGUGCCCGCUCCCAGCGAGCCUGGCAAGAUUGAGAUGUACUCUCCUGCAUUUUACGCCGCCUGUACUGCCGGCGGUAUCCUCAGCUGUGGACUGACUCACAUGGCCGUCACUCCUCUCGAUCUCGUCAAGUGUAAUAUGCAGAUUGACCCUGCAAAGUACAAAAGCAUAUCUUCUGGUUUUGGAGUUCUCCUCAAGGAGCAAGGAGUGAGGGGCUUCUUCAGGGGAUGGGUACCUACCCUCAUUGGUUACAGUGGUCAGGGAGCUUGCAAGUUUGGAUUUUAUGAGUUUUUCAAGAAGUACUACUCUGACCUUGCUGGUCCAGAGUUUGCUACUAAGUAUAAGACUUUAAUUUACCUUGCUGGCUCUGCAUCUGCUGAGGUGAUUGCUGAUAUUGCACUUUGCCCCUUUGAGGCAGUGAAGGUUCGUGUUCAAACUCAGCCUGGCUUCGCCAGAGGUCUGUCUGAUGGACUUCCUAAAUUUGUCAGAUCUGAGGGUGCUCUUGGUUUGUAUAAGGGUCUUGUUCCUCUCUGGGGACGUCAGAUUCCAUACACAAUGAUGAAAUUUGCUUCAUUUGAGACCAUUGUUGAGAUGAUCUAUAAGUAUUCCAUCCCCGCUCCAAAGGACCAGUGCAGCAAAUCUUUGCAACUUGGUGUGAGUUUUGCUGGUGGUUAUGUUGCUGGUGUCUUCUGUGCUAUUGUGUCUCAUCCUGCUGACAAUCUUGUCUCUUUCCUCAACAAUGCUAAAGGGGCAACUGUUGGUGAUGCUGUGAAGAAGCUAGGUUUGUGGGGGCUUUUCACACGUGGACUUCCUCUCCGUAUUGUCAUGAUUGGAACGCUAACUGGUGCCCAAUGGGGAAUUUAUGAUGCAUUCAAAGUCUUUGUGGGACUGCCAACCACUGGUGGAGUUGCUCCUGCUGCUGCUGCCACUGCUGCAACUGAGCUUGCAAAGGUGUAAAACAUUGAAUGAUCAAUGGAAUAUUUUUUGUCGUUUUGUGGAAUCUGGUAGAACUUCUUCAUAGGAAUUAAUAAACAUAGGAUUGCUAAAGGUGCGUGAGUGGUCUCAAGUCGGAGUAUUCUUUUACAUUCAGAACUUGUUUUGAUCACUAUUUGUUUUGCCGAGGAUGGUUUUGUUUACAUCCUAGAAUAUUUCUAAAACCUUUUUUGUAGUUAGAUGAUAUAUGAAAUUUUUCACUUGGAUGUUAAGAUCACAGGUUUCCCCCAUCAAGAAUAGGCAACCAAAAUAAGGGGCAGUCAAGGGGGAUUGACCUGGCUAUUAUAUUCUUGUCAAGAUAUUGUGUUUCUAUUCAAAAGCAUGCUUAUUCGAA